CGCACGCACCCCAUGGCCGACACCACCGCGGCAGUCCCUGAUGAAGUCGUCGGUGCCCACGGGAGCAAGCGAUGCUUCCGCCAUCGUGGGUGGAUAUUUGAAUCGUUUAAGACAGUUGCGUUGGGUACCGAGGAACGUACACAGUUGAGCGAGCAGUGCGAGGUGCCCUGCAUUCCAUUGCCCGAAAUCGUGUAUGGCGACAACUACCUUCGCCUUACGCAUGAAGCAUCGGGAUGGGCGGUCACGUUCAAUGCAAAAGAUGCGCUCAUGUCGUGGGCUCGACAUCAACGUCAAGAUCUCCACAGCACCCUCACGUCCUACGACGUCAUGUACACAUGCGAGUACGAAGGAUCGCCAGCCGAGACAUUCAACAUAGAACCGACGGAACACGACAUUCCGCUUGACAAGUUACGUGAGCACGCGACCAUCUUGUUUUACGACCACAUUUGCCUCUUCGAAGAUGACAUCCGAGACCUCGGUGAAGUCGAGCUCAUCGUCAAGAUCCGCGUGAUGCCGUUCGGGUUCCUCGUCCUGUGUCGGUAUUUUGCUCGGAUGGACGACAAGGUUGGUGCGACCGUGCUCAACUCGUUUGCAGGUUGGCUGCCAUGUGUGCAACUAGAUGAUCAAGCUGAGAGAUUCUCGGUAUUACCACGAGUUUGGCACGGACGUCGUGCUCCGUGACUUUGAGAUUCGAGAGUCUACAACGACGGCCCUCCACCAUCUCUGCUCUGCCACGCACGAGCACGAAGCGACGGGAACGGACGAUGCCCACCCCGCUUGCUUCAUCCCGACAGCAGAUCUCAUGUACGCCAAUACAGCGCCCAUCACGCGGACGGCACACAAAAUCCACGUGCGCCCCACAAAUGGUGCAGAACCAACCGUGAUCGUCGACCAACGUCCCAUUUAAGCGGGAAAAAAGACACGAUGCAUUGCCGAUUCAGCGUAUGCCGGAUCCUUGGAGCGGCAGAGUGGCUUUGGUCUGUCGAGUCGGGUAAUGUAUGGAGCUGUAGUGCCAUGACGCCGGUUGCGGCCGUGGAAGUCGACGAGUUCGCUCGAACGAAGCGUCGUCCUGCUCUGUCCGUGGUUGAGCUAUUUGCAAACUGCCGUGGCCCACGUAACAUUGACUGGUUCGCAUCGCUGACGUGCUAAUGUCUGGCAUUCACAACGUCGUCGUUGGUAUAAAUUAUGGGGAUGGCUCCAUCGUGCGGUGUU